UCCCCAAAUGUUUGGAGAGGCUGCUGAAGAAGAAGAAGAAGAAUGUGACAGCAGCAAUGAAUCUGGUUGGACAACCUAUCUUGAUUCUCCCUCAAGCGAUGAUGAUGAUUCCUCCCAAGAUCUCAGCAAUGGAGAUUCCCUUCGACAAAACACUGAUGAAGAAGAUUGCCACGAAGACGACAACGAUGAUGAUGAUGAUGAUUCCAUGGCUUCUGAUGCCUCGUCCAGCCAAACUCACCGCCGGAAGCAAAACUCCGGUGGCCGGAAUGGUGAGAGUAGUAGCUCGAGCUACAAGGUGAAGAAGCCAUGGAUUAAGAAGAAGAAUGAAGAGAAGAGAGCUGUGCCUGUUUAUAGUGCCAAGGAGAGUAAAAAGGUGUCUAAAAUCUCGAUAAUUAGUUGUCAAGAAUCAAAUUCUUAAUUUUCUGAUAUUAGAAUUCUGUUUUACUCACUCAAUCACCUCAUACUAAUAGAACUUGUAAUUUAUUUGGUACGAA